GGGAACCAGCGUUAACGCUAAACCCCUCCUUCCCUUCCUCCCCAUCAAUAUACCCCCCCCUCCCCCCUCGGUCCCCUCGUCUCCUCGUCUCCUCGCGCGCGUUGUCCGAGCUGAUGGCGAACAUCCUCAAGAAGGUAUCGUGGUCGAGCAAGGAUGACGACGGCGGCGGCGAGGUGAACGAGGCAACGUCGCUCGUCGGCUCUCGACGUGGGAGUGGCGCCUCGGUCGCCGGGAAACGCAACUCCAGGUCGCGCUUUUUGUCUUCGAGCGGAUUUAGAACGGUGGAUCUCACCGAUGGAGACGGCAUUUCAGAAGAGAUACUGGAAUCGCAGGAGGUGUUCACCUCCCCCAGGCCCAAGGAGAUCCCUCACAGCGAAAACCUCCUCUCGCAAAAAUACGAGAGCCUUGACUAUGACAACUGUGAAAAUCAGCUUUUUCUGGAAGAAGAACACAACUUAGGUGUCAAACGCGUUAAGUUUAUGGAGGCCGGCCGCUGGACAGUGUGCAUGGCGAUCGGCAUCCUGACAGCUCUCGUAGCCUGUGUCAUUGACAUUGUCAUCGAGCAGCUUGCAGGACUAAAAUACAAAAUCCUCAAACAGUACAUUGACACAUUUACAGCAGAUGGAGGCCUGUCUGUCUCCAUGGUGAUUUGGGCAGCGAUGAAUGCUGGGAUUGUAAUGGUGGGCUCUAUCUUGGUUGCUUUUGGAGAGCCCGUGGCAGCAGGGAGUGGCAUCCCUCAAAUCAAAUGCUACCUCAAUGGAGUGAAGAUCCCACAUGUGGUCAGACUAAAGACACUGGUGGUGAAAGUCCUCGGAGUCAUCUGCUCUGUGGCUGGGGGUCUUGCCGUUGGUAAGGAAGGGCCAAUGAUCCACUCGGGUGCUGUGAUAGCAGCAGGGGUCUCUCAGGGUCGCUCCACAACAUUGAAGAAGGACUUCAAGGUCCUGGAGUACUUUCGACGAGAUACAGAGAAACGAGACUUUGUAUCAGCUGGCGCAGCUGCAGGAGUGUCAGCUGCUUUUGGCGCGCCUGUCGGUGGUGUUCUCUUCAGUCUGGAAGAGGGGGCUUCCUUCUGGAAUCAAUACCUCACCUGGAGAAUUUUCUUUGCCUCCGUCAUAUCCACGUUCACGCUGAACUUUGUCUUGAGUUGGUACCAUAACCACCUGGGUGAGCUGUCCUACCCUGGUCUCAUCAACUUUGGAGCAUUCGAAUCCACGGGCAUUGCGUACUACAUUUAUGAAAUUCCCUUAUUUCUGAUCAUGGGUGUCUUUGGAGGUCUUUUGGGAGCCUUGUUCAAUUUCCUCAACUAUUGGCUGACAGUUCUCAGGAUCCGGUACAUUCAUCGGCCUGCGCAGCAGGUGUUGGAGGCCAUGCUAGUGGCAACCGUCACAGCCGUUGUCUCCUUCACCAUGAUAUACUUCUCCAACGACUGUCAGCCUCUUGGCGAGGACAAGAGCGCGGAUUACACCUUGCAGUUAUUCUGCAAUGACGGGGAGUACAACUCAAUGGCGACGACCUUCUUCAACACCCCAGAGAAAAGCGUCCGUAGCCUGUUCCACGACCCCCCUGGCACAUACAACCCCGUGACUCUGGGCCUUUUCUGCCUGAGCUACUUCCUGGUGGCAUGCUGGACGUACGGCCUCGCCGUGUCCAGUGGCGUGUUCAUCCCCUCACUGCUGCUGGGUGCAGCCUGGGGCCGUCUUUUUGGCAUCUUCCUGUCCUAUAUGAGCAAAGGCGCGUGGGCCGACCCGGGGAAGUAUGCCCUCAUGGGAGCUGCUGCACAGCUGGGUGGCAUUGUGCGGAUGACCCUGAGCCUCACUGUCAUCCUGGUGGAGGCGACGGGGAACGUGAGCUACGGUCUGCCCAUCAUGCUCGUGCUCAUGAUGGCCAAGUGGGUCGGGGACUUCUGCUUUGAGGGUUUGUACGACAUCCAUAUCAAGUUACAGAGUGUGCCGUUCAUGGGCUGGGAGCCACCCGCAACAUCUCACAGCCUCACGGCGAGCGAGGUGAUGAGUCACCCGGUGGUCUGCUUCAAGCGCUUCGAGCAAGUGGGCCGCAUCGUGGACAUCCUCAGCGACAACACGGCAAACCACAAUGGCUUCCCCGUAGUGGAGGAGGGAGAAAACGUGGUCAACGUAAACGAGCAGGGGGACGCAGAUGAUUUUGGGAAGCUGCGUGGGCUCAUGCUGCGUUCUCAGCUGAUCGUGCUUUUAAAACACAAGGCCUUCAUGGAGCGGAGUGACGUGGGUGAGCCCAGGCACCGGCUGACGCUGAAGGACUUCCGGGACGCGUACCCGCGCUUUCCACCCAUUCAGUCGAUACACGUGUCGGAGGAGGAGCGCGAGUGCACCGUCGACCUCUCGAGCUACAUGAACCCCACACCGUACACUGUGCCACAGGAGGCGUCGCUGCACAGGAUUUUCAAGCUGUUCCGCGCGCUAGGGCUCCGCCACCUGGUGGUUUGCAACGGCGAUAACAGGGUGAUUGGGCUGGUGACCCGCAAGGAUCUGGCACGGUACCGCUAUCACAAAGGUGGCCUGGAGGAGGUGCCGCUUACGCAGACGUGAUGGUGCGGAGAGAUUGGCCUGUAUUGGCUUCGUUGCUUUCAGGGCCAAAGGCAUCAUUGGUUCAAUGGCAGGAGGACAAGCUGGCAAAUGUAGUGCGUGUUUACAUUUGUACGUCUAAGAGUGGAUGCUGUGUAUGUGCGAAUACCCGUUUGAGUAAAUAUAAUAUACAGAUCGAGCUUAUGUUUUUUCUAUAAGGAAAGUGUUGUUUAUGUUGGUACAUAUGCAAAAUUUGUCAAGUGGGGCCACUAACAUUUAAAAGCCUGAUGCGCUCAAGACUGCAUCCUUAAUUGCUUAGGUUUGUGGUCUUACGUCACGCGUGGGAGAACUUUAUAUUCAGGCUUUAAUUAGUGCUCUCUUCAUAAGUAACCUGUUUCACUGUACACCGGUUGAAUUCACAUUUCUUACCUAAAGCCAGUAGGUAAUAGGCACUCCAAAUGCGAAUUUGACUUCCUAGCAUCUCGGGCAGGGGUCGGCAACCUGCGGCGACGGGGUGGCAUGCGGCUCUUUAAGGAUGCUGCGUGACUUUAUUUAUUAAGGACUGUUUUGUAUUCACAUGCAUUGCGGCUCUGGAAAUAUUGAGUUCUUUACUGAAUAUUCUUGGUUCUUUCGAUAAAGUCACGUAGAAGGGAAACAAUGACUUUACCGAAAGAACCAAGAAUAUGAAUCCCUGCAUUCACGAAAGCUUUAAAUCAAAAUUCUUUACUGAAUUCGAAAAAAUGCCUCUUCUCGUUAUUUCGAUUGCCAACCUCUGAUCUAUGGGGUGUUUAUAUUGCUUGAAAUUUCUUGCUAAAAGAGCAAUGCUUCUUUCAGAGCAUGGGGAGAGGUAUUGUUGAAGUAUUAAUAGAUCCUACAAAAUUGCAAACCUUAACACUCGCCGCUCUAUCCUGUACGUUGAUUGUGAUUUCCACGAAAUAUUUUUUGGUUUUUGAACCACUUAACAUUCAUAUGUAUUUUUUUUUACUUAUCACUCCUGACCAAAUCACCUGGAAUGCGCCAGAUCCGGAAGCUAGGCAUGGUUGAUCCUGGAUAGUGCUUGGAUGGACGGCUACCAUGCCUAAAACAGGGUUUAUAGACUGCUGCAGGGCUACUUUGUUAGCAGCCAGCAGCGUAGGAAUGUUUCGUUUUGUAUUUUAUUCCAAGAUGCUCCAGCAUUUAUGCUCGAGCGAGCCUUCACCAACCCACGUUUACCAGCGUGGUGGAGUUUGGUUAGACAACCCCAUUGACAUGCAUGGCACAGGGAGGCCCUUAUCCAUCAGUGUAUUGACAUGAGGGUUGUACAUUUGUUUUUCUUGCCAGGGGCCUUGCACAACAAACUCUGUGGCACUGUGACCACUGUGUUCACUAAAGUCAAGUGGCAGCAAGUGGCCCCAACACUGACUGGGGAAUGCUGUAUAUCCAACACUUAUUCAAAAUGUGCUGCGGUAGCAUUUUUGUUGUACUUCAAGAGUGAAAUUGCACAGUGGCUUGGCUCUAUUACUCAUAGCAGGUAUCAAGCUAUGAAGAAGGCUACCUUUUACACAUGUUGCUGCUUUAUUUUUUAAAUCCCAAUUUUGAGAUUGCCUGCUCCUGAAGUUGACAGCGGGGGUGGGGGGGGAGUAUGAUACGAUAACAUCGCCCAUCACUGCAAGCUGUGUGAAUUGAUUUCACGGCGUAAUUUACUCGCCUGUUUUAUCUGGAAUUUAUAUUUAUGUGAAUGUAUAUUGCACGGUGCACACAAUUAAGGUACAUUUUAAAUUACAGUUGAAGUAAUUAUACAUAGCAGCCCCUAACAUUAAAUUGUGAAUGCAAUUGGUAAAUCAAUGAGGAUUUUGAAAUGCACCUGGAGAAAUAUUUAGCCACAAUGUAAUGUACUACAGGGACUCUAUUUAUGAACGAGUUAGGUUUGUAAGUCCACUUGUUCAUAAGUCCAACUUUACUCCUGUCGAUUCCAAACGUGUACGGCGUGUACACUAAACACGGAGAAUGGCUUUAACAGUUGUAUAAUCUGUAGAUGUGGAUGCCACUGUUUCUUGAUCUGCAGACGUCGAUGCCACUGCCGCUAUUGCGUGGUGAUUGAACUUACGACUCUAACUCUGAACCGGAAACUGGACAUAUGGACAGGUUUCUUCAUAUCUCUGAAAGUUCUUAAGUCGAAUGUUCGUAAGUAGAGAAGUCUAUAUUUUCAUUAUGGGUGCUGCUGUGGAGUAAUGGGUUGCGCAUUGAUCUCCCGUUGUGGCAGUUGAAACGAUGGGGCAAAUUUCUUAAAUCCCCAGCAGCAUGAAUUUGUACACAGUAUCGGCAGGUUGCAUGUCUGUGGGGUAAAGUGUGGGUGCUCCCACCUCAUCCAUUAUGUCUGGCCAGCGUGGGAGAGUUGGGCUGUCUAAAGCUACCUUUAGUGGAAGCUGUUCCGCCGUGAGUAAGCAAUUGCAGGGCUGCACCUCCACUUUUUUCUCAGUGUGUUCUCACUUUUUUUUUAUCCAGCCUGCGAUAACGUGCCAACACCUUUCAUAAUGUGCCCUGCUAAAUGGGCUGGUUUCCUUGCACAAAGUGCUAAGAGGCACUUUUCUUUUGCUGUGCUUGUACGCGUUUGACCGUAACACUGUGCUCCUGCAUGCGCGCGCCCACGUGUGAAUUGUGUGUGUACCCGUCUCCGUCACAAUACAGGAAGGUGAACUUUAGUCUCACUCGGAUUCACAGGCGAAUCAGCGAAGCAGGUGGCUGGAUGCAGUUGUGUUUUGGUUGUUAUUGUGCUCUGGCACAGUCGCAUACAGGUUUGAUGUUACACAGCGUCUGAUUAAUACUCGGGUAAUAAAAAAAAAACGUGAAAUUGG